AUGAGACUAAUUGGUCUACUAAUAUUCCUUUUUGAUAUUCUGUGGGUACUAGCAAUUUCUCCACAACAUAAACCUGGCUACUGUAACACAUAUGGCAAUUGUGGAAAGAAAUCCGUAUUUGGUAGUCAACUUCCUUGUUCCAACUUUGUAGAGGCUACGAAACCAACCAAGGAAUCCCAAACUAAAUUAAAGGCAAUUUGUGGAGAAGAAUUUGAAUUGGUAUGUUGUUCCCCAGAACAAAUUGAUGCAUUGGAAUCUAAUUUAAAAAGAGUAGAUCCUAUUAUAUCAACAUGUCCAGCUUGUCGAAAGAACUUUUAUGAUUUCUUUUGUAAAUUCACUUGUUCACCUAAUGAAUCUACAUUUAUAAAUGUUACCAAGACUCAAAUUGCCAGAGAUACGGGAAAGGAAAUCGUGACUGAGAUUGAUCAAUAUGUUAAUCCAGAAAUGGCUCAGAAGUUUUUCGAUUCUUGUAAAAAUGUCAAAUUUUCAGCUACUAAUGGGUUUGCUAUGGAUUUAAUUGGUGGAGGGGCAAAAGAUUAUAAACAAUUUCUUAAAUUUUUAGGUGAUGAAAAACCAUUAUUAGGUGGCUCACCAUAUCAGAUUAAUUUUGUUUAUGAAACAACCAAGGAAGAAUUAGAUUCUGGAAUCAUAUUAAGAAAUGAUCAUUUACGGAAUUGUGAUGAUAAGGAAUAUAAAUGUGCUUGUACGGAUUGUACUAGUUCUUGUCCAAAAUUACCUCAUGCCAGCAGAUUAGAUAAGAAAUGUAUGGUUGGUUUAUUACCUUGUUUCUCAUUUGCAAUUGCUAUAAUCUGGUUAUGUAUGAUUGUUGUAUUAGGUGGAUAUCAUGUGUAUUUAGUCAGAUCAAAACCUGUUAGACAUCUUUCAUAUGGUGGACUCGAAGAAGAGGAUGAAAUUGAUAAUAUGAUUAGUCCAAUGACUUAUGUAACUGUUCGAAAACCUAGUGUUACGGCAUUCCUGAAUAGAUUGAAAUACAAGAUUCAAGAAAUUUUCCAAAAUAUUGGAUAUUUCUGUGUGAAAUAUCCUGGAGUUACCAUUGGAACUAGUAUUUUGUUGUCAUUAAUGUUGUCAUCAGGUUUGUUUAGAUUGGACUUAGAGACUAACCCCGUGAAUCUUUGGGUUAGUCCCCAUGAACCAGCAUUUAAGAAUCAACAAUAUUUCGAAUCUAAUUUUGGUGAAUGGUAUAGAAUUGAACAAGUUAUUGUUAGUUCAAAAGAUGAUGGACCAAUUUUGAAUUGGGAAAUUGUUAAAUGGUGGUUUGAGAAGGAAUCAGAAUUGGAACAAUUAAACCCCAAUGUUUUACUAUCUGAUAUUUGUUUCAAACCAUUAGAAGAAACCUGUGCAAUUGAAUCCUUUACACAAUAUUUUAAUGGAGAUAUCAAUUCUAUUACAGAAGAUACUUGGAAGGCGAAAUUACAAAAUUGUAUGGAUUCACCGGUGAAUUGUUUACCUUCAUUCCAACAACCUUUGAAACCACAUAUAUUGUUUGAUAAUGAUGAUAUUUCAAAAGUUAAAGCAUUCACAGUUACAGUUUUAGUAAAUAGUAAUUCUGGUGAUGAAACAUUCUCCAAUAAGAGUAUUGAAUUUGAACAUCUGUUUCAAAAAUGGGCUCAGGUUUUACAAGAUGAACAUCCAGAAUUGAAUAUUGCAUUUAGUACAGAAAUAUCCUUAACUGAAGAACUUAACAAAUCUACCAAUACUGAUAUUCGAAUCAUUAUUAUAUCAUAUUUAUUAAUGUUUCUUUAUUCUUCAUUAGCACUUGGUGGGAAAUUACCUCACAGGAGUUGGCAUUCACUUGUUAAAACAAGAUUCAUGUUAGGAUUAUGUGGGAUUUUAAUCAUCUUGUUAUCAGUAAGUGCAUCAGUUGGAUUUUUUUCAUUAAUUGGAUUAAAAUCAACCUUAAUUAUUGCCGAAGUGAUUCCAUUUUUGGUUUUGGCAAUUGGGGUAGAUAAUAUAUUUUUAAUUGUUCAUGAAUUACAUUUAACAACUGAACAUUUCCCUGAUUUACCGUUGGAAGAUCGAAUCUCACAAGCGUUGGGAUGUAUUGGACCUUCAUGUUUCCUUAGUGCCAUAUUACAAGUUUCAAUGUUUUUAUUAGCUACCUUUGUGGAUAUGCCCGCGGUUAAGAAUUUCGCAUAUUACAGUGCUGGAGCGGUUGCGAUUAAUUUCAUGCUUCAAAUGACAUGUUUUGUUGGAUUAUUGGCAUUGGAUCAAAGAAGAUUGGAAGAUAAUAGAGUGGAUUGUAUGCCAUGGAUAACUAUUGCUCCUGUACAAUUGAAUGCUGAUCAUAUACUUCAAGAAGAUUCUGAUAUGGAUGAACAAGGGAUUAAACAUUUAGAAUAUAAUUUUUCCCAUUGGGUGAGUCAAUAUUAUGCACCUGUGAUUUUAAAGAAAACGAUGAAACCAAAGAUAAUUACCUUGUUUGUGAUAUGGUUGGGUAUUUCAUUAAGUUUAUUCCCUCAGAUUAAACUUGGAUUAGAUCAACGAAUUGCCAUUCCUAAGGAUUCAUAUUUGAUUAAUUAUUUUAAUUCAGUAUAUGAUUAUUUCAAUGCUGGUCCACCUACAUUUUUUGUAGUUAAAGAUUUAGAUUUAACCACAAGAGAGAAUCAACAAAAGAUAUGUGGAAGAUUUUCUGGAUGUGAUAAAUAUUCAUUGGCAAAUAUAUUAGAACAAGAAUUUAAGAGAUCAAAGAAAUCAAUGAUUGCUGAACCUACUUCGAAUUGGUUGGAUGAUUUUUUGACAUGGUUAAAUCCAGAUUUAGAUCAAUGUUGUAGAUUUAAAAAGGGGACUGUAUUUGAACAACCUGAUAAUGUACCUGAAUUUUGUUCUCCAUAUGCACCUGAACGUCAAUGUCAAACUUGUUAUCUUAAUCAUGAUCCACCGUAUGAUUCAAGUAUGAAUGGAUUCCCCGAAGGACCGGAAUUUAUGUUUUAUUUCAAUCAAUGGAUUCAAGAACCAAGUGAUCCAUGUCCAUUAGGAGGCAAGGCACCAUAUGGAAAUACUAUUUCAAGAACUAGUAAGAAUAUUCAUGCCAGUUAUUUCCGAACUUCACAUACUCCAUUAAAAUCACAACAAGAUUUUAUUAAUGCAUAUAAGGGUGCUGUUAGGGUUGUUGAUGAAAUUAAAGGGUUUAUUAAUGAUUUGGAUAUAUUUGUUUGGUCACCCUUUUAUAUAUUCUUUGUACAAUAUCAUACUAUUGUGAAUUUAACAUUUGAAUUAUUAGGAGCUGCUAUGAUUAUUAUUUGGUUGGUUAGUAGUUUAUUAUUAGGAUCAAUCAAAUCGGCAACAGUGAUGACAAUUACGGUUAUUUCAAUAUUGAUUAAUAUUGGAGGUGUGCUUGCCAUUUGGGAUAUUUCAUUGAAUGCAGUUUCAUUAGUUAAUUUGAUUAUAUGUGCUGGACUUGCAGUUGAAUUUACUAUUCAUUUAACUAGAGCAUAUGUGAAUAGUCCAGUAUCAUUAUUUGAGAAUGCGAAUGAAGAAUCAUUAUAUUCUAGUUUUUUGGCAAUAUCAAGUUUAGAUGAAUUACCUGCUCGUCAUCGUAAUUUAAGAGCAUAUAGUGCAUUAAGUACAGUUGGUGGAUCAAUUAUUGGUGGGAUUACAUUAACUAAAUUUAUUGGUAUUUCAGUUUUAGCAUUUACAAGAUCAAAAAUAUUUGAAGUUUAUUAUUUUAGAAUGUGGUUUUCAUUAAUUAUAAUUGCAGCAAUUCAUGCAUUAUGUAUUUUACCGAUAUUAUUAAGUUAUUUUGGAUGUGAUUAUAAUCCUGAGGUUAGGGUUGAAGAUGAGAGUCAAUUGAGUGCGAAUUAUAAUAAUCAAGUUGAUGAAGAUGAAGAGAUUGAUAUAAAUCAAAGUGAUAGAUCGUGA